GGAGGAGAAUGCAGGUUUUGGUUUCCAUCCAGCCCAGAUCUGCACACCACCAGUGCUGCCAGGGCACUGCAGGGUGAGGAGGGGGGACAAGCCAUCAAGGGAGGCUGUCUCCAGAGGUUCAGCUCCAUCAUAGUUGUCUGGGACAGCAUGGGUGCUGGCUGAUGUGCCAAGAAACAGUGACCCACACAGCCCUCCUGCCCUGCUGCCAUGUCCACCCUGGUGACAGGACCUGUACCCUGAGGACUUCCAGGUAUGCUGAGUGCAGCUUGGUGAUCCUUUCCCAGCAAGACUCGAAAGCCACCAGCUUCUCUUUGCUGGACAGGUCCUGGUUGCCUCUUCCAAUGAUGGAGCAGGAUGUGGAGAAGGAAGUGCUGGCCCCUUCCCCUCUACAGCAGCCCUGAUAGCCCUCUGGGGUCAGUGGAACCCUGUGGCCUGGCAGAAGGGAUCAUACAGCUUCUUGAUCCCACAUGCCCCUGUGGCAGAAGGGAGCAUGGUGUCCCCGCCAGCUCACUAUCAGCUGCUGUAACCAGGGAAAAGGGGAAGGCCAUGUCUUGGGACGUGGUGAUAACCCAGGGAAUGCGGCGGAGCACAAGCCUGCACCCUGCCACAGCACUGCUCACCAUGGAGGGACCACAUCGCUGCUGCCUCCUCCUCCUCUUCCUCUGCCUGCUCCCACCACUGGGCAUCCCAAGCCCACCACUGCCUCUGGAGGAACCUCAGGAUCUGCCACUGACACUGUCCAGCACCGCUGAACCCACUGCCCACCUGCUGCGCGGCCACCCCUCAGCCCCAGUGCGGCCCUACAGCCUCUCGCUGUCCCCUGAGGAUUACCACUACUCCCCCAACCCCCGGCACCUGCGCCCUGGGCGGCUGCGCCGGCUCCUAGGCUCGGCCUUCGACCCCUUCUGGAUGGCGACCGAGGAGCCCCGGGGUCGCAACAGCAGCAUCCUCGAGGAGAACCUGGAGUCCAUGAGCAGGGACCUGGCAGAGGGUGCUGGGCGCUACCGCCGCAAGCUGUGGCGAGAAGUGGAGGGGCUGGAGCUGCCCAACCUGCUGCCCCCUGGCCCGGGGUUGCCCCCUGAGCUACCUGGGGCCCUGGCCCGCCACCUGCGGCAGUGGCUGGUGGAACUGGCUGCCUGCCGCCUUACCUCCACCUGGGUUGACCUGGGACCCAUCUUCUGGCCCCGCUGGGUGCGCCACACCGCUUGUGACACCAGACCCUCCGGCUGCUCCUGGCCCCCUGGCAUGAUCUGCCGCCCCACACAGCUCACUCGCAUCAAGCUGCUGGCCUGGCACUGCUGGGUCCCCCAGCACCCAGGCCCACCAAACUGCACGUGGCGGCAGAUCCCCUACCCUGUUGUGACUGCCUGCAAGUGUUCCUGCCGCUGAGGGGGCUGCAGGGGGCUAUGGAGGGACCCCAUGGUACCUGUUCUUGGAGCCAAAAGGCCUGAAAAGGCAAGAG